AUGCAGGAUAUGGUGACCAAAAUUGUGGCUCGAGCAAAGCGUUUGGAAGGGCUUGCCAGCUCUGACAAGAGUUUGUCGCCAGCGCUCCUGGUAGCGCAGGCGCCCGGCUCUGGCAAGAGCCAUUUCUUGGCCGAGUUGGGUGAGAACAUCUCGAGUCUUUGGGACUUGGAUGGCAAGUUGCAGAGGCCGAUUGUUUCUGUCUUCACUUACAACUCUGCCAUGGGCGACAAGUGGACCGAUGGAUUUCGUAUGAGCAACAGCGGCGUGGACUUGGGUCUGCGGGUUCUGUUCGGUGCUGCCUAUCACAUGAGAAGCACUGGAUUGCGCUGCAAGUCUUGGACAGCCUUCUUGGAUGCCAUCAACCACGCUGUUUCAUCUGAAAACAUGCUGCAGAGCCUUGUCGACCUCAAUUUUGUGGUUAAGAUCCUGCGGCACUGGUAUGGUGCCCGGCCUCUACUAAUCCUUGCCGACGAGAUGGGCAGAUCAGACGACGAGGGUCUCGCUAGACAGCGACUUUGUCAGCUGAUGGAUUCUUGGGCCGGGCAGGUCUCGGUGGUGAUGUCGGCGCUCAGCGACUAUGAGGGAGCUGUGAACAUGUUCAACGCGAGCAUUCGGCCAGUAGAGUUUCAAAUCUUGAUUGUGCUCGGAACUGACACGUUCAGUCGCUUUCAGUCAGUGCUCACCGUCUGGGACCGAAACAAGACUAAGAAUGCAAUCUUGGCCUACCGCAUCUCGCUUGCUUGGGGAGCCACGGCGGGCUAUGCCCGCGCCGUCCAGUAUCUGACAGCGGAGCUGAACAAAGCAAGAUUCAAAGGCCCGUCUGGAGGUUCCAUAAUGGGUUGCAUUGCGAAGCUUGGAGACAUGGGAGUGAACCUCCCACCCCAAUUCAGGGCAGACGAGCUGGAGGCACUGCUCGAGACAUGGGACUCACGGGCUUGCCCCUACCAGCAGCUGGCUCGAGUCAGCCGCAUCAAGUCACUGCAGCGGGGCAUAUACCAGGGAAGCGUGCUGGUGGAGGCGAGGCAAACCUCACAACAACAGAGGCUUUUUAUGCCAACAGUCGCAGCCUGGCAUGCGGCCUCCUGGUUCGAGAACUCGUUUAACCCAGUAGAGUCCUUUCCUAGGGUGGCCAAGCUUCAGCACAUGAUGGGCGAAGCGUAUCGGGCCAAGUGCAAGGCGAUUGAAAGCGACAACGAAACACACAUGAAGCAAGCUGCGUCGUAUUUCACGGAGGUUACAGGCGCUCUUGGUGCUAUGCUAGCUAUUGUGAAAGGGCAUGAGAAGCUUCCACAGGCUCUCAAAACAAGCUGUGGAAGCUUCCUGGAUAUAGGCUUUAACGACUCACUGGCACAGGAUCCCGCCCUUGCAACAGCAAACAAGCACGAGGCACAACAAAAGCUCGAAAGUUUUCUGCGGGAAGCUCGAGAGCUGGGCAUCAAUCACUGCGGCACGUCGCCUUUCCUGGUCAUCAUGGCUCCCCCCAACUGCAUGGCCCUUGACUUUGUCAUCUUCCGCCGGGAAAAUGCAAGUUUAGUCGCCGUCCAAGUCAAGUCCAACACUCUGCUCAACCAAGAGGAUGUCGAAGAGCAGUCGAAGAAGCUGCACAAAGCAGCAGAAACGGUGAGGCAACGGAACGUGGAGUUUUUGGCGGUGCUUGGCUCCAAUUUUCCCAAAGGCUUCAUCGACGACCUAUUUUCGUUGCAGCAAGAAGACUUGGUCUUGCUGCUGGAGUACCAGGCCCUGAGUGGCCCGACCGCAUCCGAGCUUGCCUUGAAUGACUGCAAGUGUGUGCAAGGCUUCGGCUGCAAGUGGUGUCGUCAUGUCGUGAAUCACAAGUAUGCGCUGCAUCUCGGGAUCAUGGUUCGUCUUGAGGCUCUCGUCGCUCAGAUUUUGGAAGCCGUAGAAGCAGAUCACCUCGCCGUCGCUGCCCCCGCCGGUGUUGGCCUCGAUCAAAAGGUUGGCCGGCCCGCUGCUGGUGUUGAGGCUGAUGGUUUGGUCCAGCGCGUUCAGCUGGCAGCCGCCGAUGGCCAGGACCUUGAGCUCGGCGAGCCCGGCCUGGUUGUUGGCGUCCAGCAGCACCGUCACCGUCUGCACGGUGCCGCCCGGCGGCCCCACCGCAAUUUGCUCCAGCAGAGAGGGCUCAUGGACUCCGCUGGUGCUGACAGGGGCGCGAUGGCGCCGCUCAAAGACGAGGCACUUGGCCACCUCUGCAAGGCCCUUUUCAGGGCCUCCCAAUUUCAAUCCCCAGACGGGGCGAGGCCCAGGUCUUUGACGAUGUCCGCUAGGCCAGGGCAGGUUCCCAUGGCGGAAGCCACGCGCAUCUACAGCGUGUGGCAAAGCCCGGCCCUAAAGCCCCUGAAAAUGCUGGCCUGGACCAUGCGGAGGUUGCAGCACAUGGGCCUGGUGAACCAGGACGUCACCGUGACGCACCCUACGACUGGCAUCUUUGAUGCGUCCACCCUCCCUGACCUCAUUCUCGCCACUGACGCCUCCGGAGGCCCGACCACCAAGGCGUGGGCUCUCCGGCUCUCGUUCUCCUGGUAUUACCUGGCAUGCCCUGGGUGCCCCGAAGGGUCAGGCGGGUCCGACUCGUUGGUGGUGACGUUCCCGGUUGCCGCCACGGAGCCGGCGAGGAGCUGGGCGAAAUUGAGCGUCUUCGCUGUGUUGACCGUGACGUCUUGGUUCAGGGUGACCGGCAGCAGCGAAGGAGGCCAAUGGCGUGAAGGUGGCUCCGACACCAAUAAACCCAUCACGGCCGCGCUGAGCAACUACUCCACAAUGCUCGCGGCCAUCGCCGCCGCGGAGACGGCCGCCAACGACUACACGGACGCCGGCAUCGACCUCUCAGGCUACUACACCAUCGCUGAGACCGAUGCAGCCAUCCUGGCCGCCCUGGUUAGCGCCCAGACAGACGCCGCCAUCACGGCGGCCAAACGAGCUGGCGUCCAGGGCCGCCGUGUCACCCACGGCCGCGAAUCCGGCGGCGUCACGUUGGUGCGCACCAGGGACUUGAAGCACGUAGUCGCUCAGGUCCACGGAGACCUCGAGGCUGUCGUCGUUGUUCUGCAGGAGGCCAAAUUGCGCAGCACGUUGGUGCCGCGCAGCAGGUAUUUUCCGAUCAACAGCUUCACGGAGGGCGGUCCGAGCUACAACCUCAUCCAGGACCAGUUCACCCCAACACGCAUCCGCAGCCUGUGCCCACCGCCCGUGAGCCUCCUGCCCAUCCUGGGCAACGGCUCCGCCCUGAGCUGGAGCCCUGGCGCGGCUGGUAUUCCUGGCCAAGCACGCUGCAGGCUCUUUCACGUUUCCCUGCCGCUGGACUGCCGGGACAGGGAGCCGUUGACAACGACGGGUAACGUUGCGCCCCUGCUGGCGGGGGACGUGGGCCAGCCAGUCCGUGUACUUGUCGCCGUCGGCCUGCAAUGA